UGGACAUCAACUCACUUUGACAUUUUUUGGCUUUUAAUUGUCUUUUUUCUUAGUUUCUUGAUCAGGAUUUGUUUGAGCGUCUUUUUAAACCACAAAUAUAAUCUUAAAAUGUUAUGAUGUUGUAGACAACACAUUUCUUCAGGAUAUAAAACACAUGAUGGAUUGAGAACAUUUAUUUCUGGCAUAUAUUCAGAAAUCUACAUUAUUUUUGAUCGUUACUGUACACUUACUCACUGUAUUUCGAUGGAGGUGUGAAGGCUCAUUUGCCUCGAUACUUGUUUUUCCAAGGUCGGGAAUGAAUUUCGAUGAGCUGCUGGCCACAAUCGGUGGCUUCGGGAGAUAUCAGAAGCUUCUGUAUGUGUGGAUAUGUCUACCGCAGAUCUUUCUCGCGUUCCACAUGAUGGCGAGCGUCUUCACAGGCGCCACGCCACCUCACCAUUGUUGGGGUUCAGGGAUGGAGAACGCGUCCCUUGCUGUCGGCAACCUUUCAAAUGUGAAUCUGAGCAUCUCUCUUCUGCCAGGACACGCGGACUCGUGCCCAGCAGGUUCAGGAAAGAACCACAGUAUACACUCAACUUGUGAGACAGGAUGGGUGUACAGCCACGAGGUCUUCCAGAGCACCACUGUCACUGAGUGGGACCUGGUGUGUGACAAGGCAGGUCUAAACAGUCUGGCCUCCUCUAUCUAUAUGUUGGGGUUGCUUGUAGGAGCUGUUGUGUUUGGAGCUAUGGCAGACAGGUAUGGGAGGAGGUUUGCCAUGCUCUUGUCUUUAGCCCUUCAGACAGUGUUUGGUGUGGCUGCUGCCUUCACUCCAAACUUCCCUGUUUAUGUCACCCUGCGCUUCAUCAUAGGAAUGACAGUGUCGGGCGUGAUAAUCAAUGCGUUUGUUCUAGGCACAGAGUGGACCUGCACACAGAGACGGAUGCUGGCCGGCAUCUUCACUGACUUCUUCUUUGGUUUUGGCUACAUGCUGCUGGCAGGUGUGGCUUAUCUCAUCAGAGACUGGAGAAAGCUGCAGCUGGCAAUCUCUGCACCAGGAUUUCUCUUUAUAUUCUAUGUAUGGGUUCUUCCACAUUCGGCCCGUUGGCUUUUGGUGAAUAACCGAAAUGAGGAGGCGAUUGAUCUUCUGCGUAAGGCAGCUAAAGUCAAUGGUCGCACCUUACCUCCCACUGUUCAGGUGGAGCAAUAUGUGGGCCCACAAGGACGGAGUAAAUAUACAGCUGCUGACCUGAUCCGAACUCCCCAGAUGAGGAAGAGAGCUCUCAUACUCUUCUACAUCUGGUUUGUUAAUGUGUUGGUGUAUUAUGGUCUGUCUCUGGGUGUGUCUGACCUCGGGGCAGACCUUUACCUCACUCAGUUCAUGUUUGGAUUGGUUGAAAUUCCUGCAAGGUCGCUGGUGUUGGUUCUGCUGCCCUGCAGUAGACGGAUCCCACUGAGUGUGUUCCUUGCUGUGGGAGGCGGUGCAUGUCUGCUGACCCUCACUGUUCCAGCAGACAGUGCUCAUAUUCGGACUGCUUUGGCCAUGGUGGGGAAAUUUGGAAUUACAGCAUCUUUUGCCAUCAUCUAUAUUUAUUCUGCAGAACUAUUCCCUACUGUUCUCAGGCAAACAGGUAUUGGUGUUUCUUCUAUGUUCGCACGGAUGGGUGGAGUUUUAGCGCCACUAAUAAACCUGCUUGGACGCCACACACCUGUUGUGCCCAUGGUGAUUUUUGGCUCCACCCCUCUGCUUGCUGCAGUGCUUGCUCUAGCAUUGCCUGAGACUGCCAAUCAACCACUACCAGACAGCAUUCAUGAAGCAGAGAGGUCAGCUCUGAAAUAUGACGGACAAAUUCCUGUACAUACCAGCCAACUGCCAAGCUACACAGAAGGACAGGAACUGCAGUGUUUAGCAGAUGAGUCCAGUUAGACGUAUAUGAUCACACACAAACUCUAUGCAGUGUCUCAGUCUAGUGUGUUUACAUGAUUAGUCUUGCUGAUGAUCAGUGAAACUUGAAAAUGGUUCAGGUUUUGAUACAAAAAUGCCUCUUUUGUGACUUUGACAGAUAUUUGAACUUUUUAUACAUAUUUUGAAAUGGCUGUAGGUUGUGUAUUACAUCAGGAUUAGCAGUUUAAGAAAACUUAAGUGUAAAGUUAAAAAAAUGGAUGACCGGGUCUGAAAGCACUGCGAUUUGUACAUCAAAAAUGUUUAUCAGACCUCUCUAUGCAAAACAAAGAGAGAUGCUCUAAACAAACAUAAGGGAACAUUUGUGAAUUAGUAAGGCAAACUAAAUUCAUUCAGUUUACUUUUAACAGAUAUUUACAUUUAAAAUGUGACUCUGGACCACAAAACCAGUCUUAAGUGUCAAUAUUUCGAAAUUGAGAUUUAUACAUCAUCUGAAAGCUGAAUAAAUAAUCUUUCCACUGAUGUAUGGUUUGUUAGGAUCGGACAAUAUUUGGCUGAGAUACAACUAUUUGAAAAUCUGGAAUCUGAGGGUGCAAAAAAAUCUAAAUAUUGAGAAAAUCGCCUUUAAAGUUGUUCAAAUGAAGUUCUUAGCAAUGCAACUUCAAAUGACGUUUUGAUAUGUUUACGGUAAGAAAUUAUCAAAAUAUCUUCAUGGAACAUGAUCUUUACUUAAUAUCCUAAUGAUUUUUGGCAUAAAAUAAUUUUUAAAAAUUUUGACCCAUACAGUGUAUUUUUGGCUAUUGCUACAAAUAUACCCCAGCGACUUAAGACUGGUUUUGUGGUCCAGAGUCACAAAUGUGUUUUUUUUUUUUCUUCUGGCAAAUGGACCAAAAAAAUAUUCAUGACUGGUCCUAGUCAUAAUCAUAUGCUCUCUAGAAUGAGAAUGUGCCUCCCACUAACACCAACUGCCACUCAGUAUAAAUGGCAAAGUUGUGAGUGUUUGGUCUAGUGGAGAGUGAACCAGUGCCUUCUUUGUAAAGUACUUCUUGACAUAUUGUAUCCAAUGUUUGGGAAUAACGCCAGAUUUGUCUGAUGUGGGGACAGUGGGUUGCUGUUAGAUUUGGUUGAGAUGAUAAUUCCCAAAGAUUAUGCCUGGUUGAAAUUGUUUAAUAGCGUGCUAGUAUCCUGAAUGAUCUAGCUCAGUAGCUAGACGGGAAAGUAUCUUGUUUAGUGCUGUUUUGUCUGUUGUUUGACUGCAUUUAAUUUUUCUGUUGCUUUAGAGAAAAAAAAAAUCUCAUCAUCAUACGCACAAUUAAAGAAAUUUAAUGUAGAGUGGGAUUAAUAUGUAUGGUGGCGACUUUGCUUGAGGCAAUGAUACAUACACUACUGCAGAAGGUCAUGAGAUUGCCGUGAUGAUCCAUGGUCACAAACUCAUAGACUCAGCUGCACACUGCCAAAUGACACAAUCUAGUUUUUACCUUUACAUCCUGACAUUAACUAUGUACUUUUACUGCAUGCAUUUGUUUGAUAGAAAUUAACUAUUUUAUUAUCAUGCGAUUUGUCUAAUGUUCUAAAUAUUGAUGGGGUGCAGAUCUUAAGAGGAUAUACACCUAUCAUUAUUUACUCACCCCCCAUGCCAUUUUAAACCCUUAUUCUAUGUCCUACAGAAUACCAUGAAAGCAUUGCUCUAUAUUUAAAGUCUUCUUGUGUAAAAUUUUGAAUGAGGAACAGACUAAAAUGUUAAGUCAUUAUUCACAUAGAAGACUGAAAACUGCAGUGACCAGGUCAUUUGAGAAAGCACUUGAGAACUAGAUCAGUGAAUAAAUUGCUCUUAGGUGGUUCAGGCUGAAUGAUUCAUUCCUGAAUCUGGGUUUCACUCACGAACCAAAAUUCUUGUAAAUAUCUGAUUUUAAGUUCGGAACAACAAGAGAGUGAGUAAAUCAAGAUGGAAUUUUAUAACUAUAUUUUUUAACCAAAACACUUUUAUAUAUCACUGCAUGAUUAUCAUGAUCUAAAUAUUUUUACUCUGUCAUACGACCUUAAUUUGUCUGUUACAUCUGUGACUGAUGUCUUUUAACCUGAUGAAAUGUAAAGACAUUUUUAUCCCAGAAGAGGGCACCAUUAGUGGAACUACCAUUAAGAAAACUGGAUGGUUACCACAGCCCCCAGUCUUAAAA